CAAAGCAAUACCGAAGGUUGUAGAAAUUUGAUAACCAAAACUAUGAUGGCUGCCAAUGCUAAAUACACAAAUGUCCAGUUUACCAACUCUUCUGACCAAAUACUAAAGCAAAACGCCGUCACCAUUUGGGAUGGGCCUCUGGGGUCUGUUGUUCCAUUGGUAAUUGGCCUUGGGUCACCCGUGGAGUUUAAUCAGGUAGGUUCACUUGUAGGUUUUGAGUGCAAAUUCGGAGAGACCUACUGUACGUUGAUUGUUGCCUGGAGCAACAAUGGAGUCUCCAACAAGGUGUAUGCUCAGAUCCUUCCAGCCGGACCCGGUACUCAUACUGUUGAAUGGGCUCAAAUCAGAGCAAAGCUUGAAAAGUCCGGCAGCAUAUGCGACACUGGUAACCAAUUUGGAUACAAGUGUACUCUUGAAAUUGAUCCAAAGAGCGUUACGCCAACGAUGAAGGGAACAUUUACGACGGUAAAAUAAAGAAGGACAGACAAGAGAUGAAUGGUGAGGCUGUCAAAAAUAAGUAAUGUGCGUGCUGGGUGCGGUACUGCUACUAUUACACUAAAUAAAUUUGACAGCCAGCAGACCACCAGUACUGCUAUCAGUGUCUUCAUUAGUAAUUAUGUAAGCGCUUAGCCUUAGUGUGUGUUUCUUAUAUGUAAAAUAGUUCAGAGUACAUCUACCUCUGAAUCAAUUGAAAAGCCCUUCAAGCCAUGUCUAUAUAUGGCUAUAUGUAAUUUUCCAUCCUAAUAUGGAAAAGCUAAAAGGCUUUUAAUUA